AUGCCUUCGACCUGCAAGACAAAGGUCGCCCUGCUCAAGGGUCUUCGACCUCGCUUCGCCGACCAGCAACAAGUUGCCACCACUCAAAGGAUCCUCUCUUCAGCUUGUUCGUCUUCCUGUAUCUACUGCGACAUCUGGAAGCUUGCCGCUCUGAUUGCUUCUCAUGUCCCGUUAAGAGCUCGAUACAACUUACCUUGCACGUCACUAACCAGCUCUCCAAUUACAUCCCGGCCUUCAAGUCCAGUAUCAUUCUCUCCGACAUUAUCAGCCACGUCACCCAAUGCCUCGCUCGCCUCUAUGGCCAGGAAGAUUGAGGCACAGUUCCAGGCUCAGCGGUCGCAUUUGAAUUCAAUUCUCAGUAUCUGCACAGUUGCUGGUGCAGACGAGUGUGAAGGUCUACAGAUUGCGCACCAUCGAUGUUCAGCGACGGUGGAGGAUCUCCUUGACCAGGAAGAAGUUGUCGAAGAGGCUCUGCUGGAAGACCUCCAACAGCAGGAAUUGAUUUACCUAGAUUAUAAUCAAAGCUUCGCGUCGAAAUACAGCUCUCCCUUACUCAGAGUCUACGCAUACCCUCAACCACGACGGCCUAGCGCUGUCAGCGUGGGCGUGGCGAUCUGA